UGGAACAAAAUAAAAAAAAAUUCGGCUGGGACGAAACGGGUCCCAAAGCCUCUCACCCCGGAAGGAAGGUGCGUUAGAAGAGAGACUCAGUCAGAUUCAAAGAGAGACCGAGAGAGAGAAUCGGAGGAGAGAAAUAGAAGAAAAAGGAAGCCAUGGACGACCAAGAGUUUCGUAGCCUCCUUGAUCUCUUCCCCGUCGUACGCUCUCGCGACCACCGUGCUGAUUUAGACUCUUCAAGGCAAUCAACUUCACAGUCUGUUGUGGACCGAGAGGUAAGUGAGUGGCAUGAUGCACCGAGUGUUGCUGAACCGAAAGCUUUGCAAGAUCGGAAGACUGAUCAAGAUAAAUUCUGGGAAAAGCUGAAAGCGGCUGCUGGAAAGAAGGUUGGUGAGGUUGAAGCAGAGAGGUUUUGCAAGGCUUUCGAGAAACUACACAAGAAACUUGUGUAUGAAGAAUUGGAUCCAGAAGCUGCAAAGCGAUACUUAUUAAACUCUUAAAAUUUGUGUCUUCUAUAGUUCUAUACAAUGUGCUUCCAAAAAAGUUUGGUAAUGUGGAGACAACUUCAACUCUUGUCUUUUUGUUUAUCGUAAUUAUGAGUAUGCAAAAUUCUCUUCUCGUGUUCUCUUAAUUAUGAUUUUAAGUCUUUCCCAAAAUCUCCAUAUCUGAUCGGAUCUUUUAUUACUUUCUGUU